AUGACCAACAAUCUGCUAGCCUGGCACCCCGCCGCCGAGCUCUUCGCGUCAUGGCUCCUCGCCAAGCAGGGUGACUGCCGCGAGACAGCGCUGGUGGAUUGUGGCGCCAAGCACCUCGUUUUCCUCUCUCGAGCAGGCGUCGCAAAGAAUGAGGACGACCUGAAGCGGUUUGCUGACCGUUUGGUAUGCCCUUGCUCAUCACGCACACCAUCAUCUCGGCAUCAACGCUACCAGCAUCGACGUCGGUUGGUGUCCGACUCGUCUCACUUCACCGCGGCUGGCGAGUUUGACGACCUCGACAAUUAUCUGGGCAGAUACCAGCACGGCUGGCAUUGGCUGCAGACAAAUCUCGAGGAGCUUGGGGGCAAUGCGCGCAGUGAUGAGAGGCCACGUGGCAACCGGCCAAGAUCUCCCAGCCCAGUUGUCUUGGGUCUUGGGAACCGCAUUGAGCAUAGGGAGAAUUCUGGAGGCUACACUGCAGACAAAAAGUUUGCGCUCCGUGUUGUGAGAAACAUCGUCGAGGAAGGCGAUGGGGGGAAGCAAGAUGCGGGCAUCCUCCUAUCGAGCGCUACGAGCACGUCGGAGGCGGUUUCCAUUGUCGAAGAGGGCAUCAAAGAGCUGGUUGCCGCGGCCAUGAGCAUAUCUUUGGACGGGAUCGAUGGCCAGAAGCCUCUUUAUGACUAUGGUGACCCGCAAUCGGGCUCUCAAAACAUGAAGAGUGACAUUUCGGUUUUCGAUAUUCUGAGCGCCAUGCCAGGAGCCGAAGUCGCGGGCAAGAUUGCGGCCAAGAGCCAGCUGGUCACGGUCCUCGCAGGCGAGGAUUAG